AUGGACCGUCACUCGCCAUUCGCGCCCGCUCACAUCUGCGCGCUGGUAUUGCCCGUGGGCCAAAUCACGCGCGAGAAGUUCUUGAGCGUGGUAGAGGGCCUGCGAGGCGAGGCGGCGGUGAUCAGUUUGGCGGACGUGACACCGCAUCUGGGCGACGAUGACAUCCUCCUCCACCCGAGAGCCUCCCCCAGUGGCGCCCUACUCUACAACUACACCACAGCAGCCCCCAGCGAGCUGCAACACCACCUGUCGCCCUUCGAGCUGUUCCGCGAGCCUCUACUUGUCAUUGGCAUCGUUGAUGGCCUGCAAGACCUACAAACCCCCAGUGAGGUAGACCUCGAAGCAGCAUCGGCAUUUCUAAAAGAGCGCCAUCCUCGCGUUGUAGACAGGCAACUCAUUGUGCUGGGAGAUGGCCAAGAUGGCAACACACAACCCAAGGAGGACAAUGUGGUCUUCAUCAACCAAGACUGGGAGAUCAAUGGCGCCUCCACCAAAGAAGCGCUGUGCCAGAUGUCCGCGCGCUUUCUCAAAGAGCUCAGCACCUACACCAAAGCACUGCAAGCUUCGCCGAGUAUACAGACACCCGGCCAGACCGCGCGCAACCUGCAGAGAGAAGUAGCUUACCGCGAGUCGGAACGGAGGCCAGGCUCAGCAUCAGGGCGCAGCACACCAAGCCAGAGCGAGGCCACGAGCCCGAUCGAAGAGAGCAGUCGCCAGCCGCCAUGGAACCGCGGCAUACCAGCUACAUCGUUCGACCAGAUACAAGGGGCCAGCAGCCUCGGAAGCGGUCUAUCAAGGACGGACAGCCAGUCCAGUAGCAAAGGCAAGCAUGGGCGGACGACCAGUCAGGAUCGUAUCACAGUCCAAGGCUUCGGCUCCGGUACAUCGCAAGACAAGAUCAAGCAAAGAGGUAAAGCGAGGGUCGGCAUCGUAAUAGGCUCGAUAUACAUGAUGGCUGGCCACUACAGCGAGGCGCUGCGCAUGUUGUCGGAGCACACAACCAAAGCUCGUGCCUUGUCGGACAGUAUCUGGCAAGCGAAAGGACUGGAGAACAUUGUGAUCUGCCUCCUGCUGAGCUCCUGGGCCGGCGUAGAGUUCCAGAUUCCUUCCAUCUGCUAUGCCUCGCUGGAGAAGUCGGGUCAACGGCUUUCUGUCGCCUUACGGUCGGACUUCAGGAGAGCCGAAGCAGCUCAGCAAGCCUCGAUUCGAAGCCUCUCAACCGCCAUACCAGACUUGCUCGAGCUUACAUUAAGUCUUUACCGUUCGACGGAAGGCCCGCUCGAAUUGCCAGUAGUCCCAGUCGCGGACGCAACCGUACGUUUCGGCAAAUUGCUGGCCAUUCUACACAUUAGCGACGCCCAUCUCGACACCGAAGCGCUCAAUCCAUUCGUUGGCACCAACAAGUCAAAAGACAGGAGUGCUCUCGCAUCGACAAGACAUGCCUCAAAUGGACCGUCGAAAGUCGCCAUCGCCGAAUUCAUGUCCAACGCACAGCCCACACUGCUGGACAACGUGCCGGACGCCGAUCACAUCGCCAUCCUGGCGGGUAUCGCAGGAGUCUACUCUUUGAUCGCGCUCGACCGUAAGAAGGGAAUCGUGCUCAAGGAACUCGUGUCGGUACUCACCUCCGCUCUGACGUUGGCCCGCAAAAGACAUGCUGCCGAGAUGGGCAUACAGCCAGGCGGGACCUACCCAACCGAAUUGAGGGCAGACGCAGUACUCACCGCGAGUGGCCCAAGUACAGGCUUGGAUGGACUCAUCAAUGAGCUUGCCCGCAUCUAUGGCUUCGAUCUGGUUGAGACUGAAGGUGCCAAAGAUAGCACCAAAGUGUCUGCACCAAGCUUCUUCGGCGGCGAUAGCAUGAAACUCGAUAUCCUGAGCGAACUGGCCGCAUUCUGCGAAGCAACACCAAGCCCUCAAGGUAUCCUACGGCUCAACGCAUCGCUCCUGAGAUCUUUUGGACCAAAAAGCGCCAUCGACACCGAGGACUCGUCAAGCUCGAAGGUUGUUUCCAAGGAAGAGCAAGAGAAGCUCACCGCCAGCAUGACCCGCGCUGUUGAAGCAGCCAGGACCAUGGGCCUAGAAGACGUUGAAGCUCAGUAUUGGGACCAAUUCCUUGUACGCGGCGUCGAGUUGAUGCGUCCAGAGCCCGCUUUAGCAGUCGUCAGACGCCCGAAGGCCAAGUCUACCACAACCAUCGCAGAAGGAAGCACCUCUGGCAACCCACUGCUCUACGACCCAAGCGCAAGCCGUCCUGGCACAGCAGAAGAGCCUAAAUCAAAGAUCAUCGUCAAGGGCGAGCGCUCAAAGUCCGUGGUGUCGCUUCAGAACCCGUAUGAAGUCCCCAUCCAGAUCGAGUCGCUAGAAAUCGUCACUGAAGGCGUCGCACUCGAAGUCAGCCAUGACGAGCCCAUCACUCUCGGUCCCCUGCGCAUCCAGGAGGUACCAGUAUAUGUGACUCCUACGGACACCGGCGACUUCAAGAUCAUCGGAUGCAACAUCAAGGUGUUCGCCUCGCGCAAGCAGUUCUUCCCCAUCGUCAAGAAUGCGUUCAAGCGUGUUGCCUCGUCCCUCGUCAAGCGUCAGGGCCAGAAAGGUCGUGACCAUAUCUCGGGGUCCGGGGAUGACAGAAUUGGCCUGCCCUACGACUUCAACCAUGAGAUCCACGUCGCCGCCCCUGAGAUGCCAACUCUCGUCGUCGACAAGACCCCCUUCACCGAAGCCAGCGCCCAGCUCCUCGACGGCGAAAAGGUCGAAUUCACCAUCGUCCUCAAGAACGUCUCCAUCGCCAAGUCCCUCGUCGCCAAGGUCUUCGAAGUCGCCACCAUCAACCGGACGAACGACUUCGCGCAGACGGUCGUCCGCCAAGACACCAGAAGCGACAUCGUCGCGGUGGAGCAGUGCUUCACCUACGUCGGGGACAUCGUCGCCGCCACCCGCACCAAGCGGUGCGACAUCGCCUUCACGUACGGCAAGGCGGACGACGACGCCGCGUCUCCGGCAACGCGGCGCGUCGUCGCGCCAGUACAGCUGACGAUCUUGCCGGGUCUGUCGGUGUCCGGGCUGGAGAUUGUGCCGCAGGACAAAGACGGCGAGGAGGACUGGCUGCUCUGCUUCGAGCUGGGCAACGCCUUCUCGGAGGCGAUGGGGGUGCGGUGCGUCGCGCUCCCUCGCGGCGGUGGGGCAGAGGGGGCCCUGCUGUUCGAGAAGGCGGUGGUGCCGGCCGGCGGGGCGGAGCGGGUGUGUGUGCGGGUGUGCCGGCUGCUGCCGGAGAUGAUUGUCGAGGGGUUGGUCCUCGAGAACACGAUACACUUGGCGCGGGACGUGCGGGCCCGCCUGAGUGUGUCGUGGAGGACGGAGGGGGGGCGCGAGGGGGUGGUGAACCUCGCGUCGGCGAAGGUGGAUUGUGCGGCUUUGGGGUGA